CCUGGUGACCAAUUAUGAGGAUACAAUCCUGCUGUAACACACAUGACAUGGAGCCUGGGAAUUCAUACAACCGCGUGUUAUUAUCACUUCCCAACAGCUUCUGCCCGGCAGUGAGUCCACCGACGACCAGCAUUUAUUGGACUGCUGAAACAUCCUGAGUUGUCAUGAAUCAAGAAAAGCUUGCCAAACUUCAAUCACAAGUCCGGAUAGGAGGGAAGGGAACCCCUCGCAGGAAGAAGAAGAUUGUCCACAGAACCGCCACAGCGGAAGACAAGAAGCUCCAGAGUUCUCUGAAGAAGUUGGUGGUGAACAACAUUGCAGGGAUAGAAGAGGUGAACAUGAUCAAGGACGACGGCAUGGUGAUCCACUUCAACAACCCCAGGGUGCAGGCCUCGCUGGCGGCCAACACCUUCGCCGUGACGGGCCACGCCGAGACCGUGCCGCUGACGGAGCUGCUGCCCGGCAUCCUGACGCAGCUGGGCUCCGACAGCCUCAGCAACCUGCGCCAGCUAGCGCAGCGCUUCCCCGGCCCCCGGCCAGCAGCACUUGAUACACAAGCACGCCAGCAGGUGUAUGACGAAUAUGAAAAUGUUCCAGGUAGGCCAACACAUUACUUGACCUCGAAAUUGAACACAUCGAACUGUACUUUAAUAUUACCUAUAAUAUAGAUUCUAAGCAUCACUUUAACAAAAUUAACAUUAUCACGCUCAAAGGAAUUUUUGUAAUAAAAAUUCUUUGCAAUGUCAUGUUUAACAUCCAUCUCCUUGUUUCACUUAUUACAGAUCUUGUACAGGACUUUGGCGAGGCUUCCAAAGGGGAAGACAACCAUUGAAUUAUUGAAUAACUGAUGAAUGAAAACAGAACUGCUCUUGCCUCCAACCACGAUACAAAAGCCCCUUCUGUAUACCUGAGAACAGGUCUGAGAUCAGAUGUAAACUGAUGAAAUCUCCCAUGGACCAUUUUGCCUUAGACAUGUCAUCAAAUGUUCGAAGUGUUACCUGUGUUGAAGAUAUGUUAUGCUUAAAUUACAAUAAAAGAUAUUCAACAGUU